AUGGGGCGAACUAAAAGACAUCGCUCAGCACGACGAAAUGGCGAGAGAAUUGCUGAAGUGUACGAUCAUGUAGAUCUGUAUCAAUAUCUGAAAAGUUUAGGAUGGGAAAACCAUAAUGAAUUACGAAUUGGAAAUUUCCGAGCGUCAGGCAAAGGAUUAUACUCGAAGAAGCCAAUUGUGUCGGGAGACUGCAUUAUUGCCAUGCCAGUUGAUGCUCUGAUAAGCCUAAAAGACAUUGAAAAUAAUUCACCUUUCAAGCAACAUUUUGAUUUGGAUAAACUAGCUGAGAUGGGCAAGUGUGAUGUGCAGUUUCAGUCCCUUCUUGCUUACUAUCUGUGCUAUCUACGAAUAUACGAAACUUCAAAGUACAAACCCUAUCUGGAUACGCUUCCUGCUCAAUUUACGGCUCCCUAUUUCUGUUCGACUAAGGAGAUGAGUUUUCUCCCGGAAACCGUUCUUAAAACUAUGGUUGCCCAAAAUAAAAUAAUCAGAAACAACUUCGCCGCCCUGAACAGUCUUUUAAAAACGAACAUAAUUGGAUUAGAUGUAGAGCUUUUUAAAUGGGCUUAUUUUGUGGUAAAUACAAGAAGCGUGUAUUUGGAUCCUAAAUAUAUUAAGGCUUAUGAUAUUGAUGCCAAAUGGACGUUUGCAGAAAAACUCGCCGAUGAACCGAAUAUGGCUUUAGCGCCUUAUCUCGAUUUGUUUAACCAUUCGGAAAGCGUGAAGACAUCUUCAAGAUUGUCUAUGCCAUAUACUCAGCUCGUAAGAAAGCUUACUAAAGGAAAUCAAGUGGAAUUGUUCUACGAGUUGAUAACCACGUCUCCGUUCCAAUCAUAUUCUCAAAUAUUCAUAAGUUAUGGCACGCACAACAAUACCAAACUUCUUUGUGAGUAUGGCUUUUUCUUGGAAAACAAUACGCAUGACUAUCUGGAGACUAGCCUGGACGAAAUAAAUGCUUUCAUUAAACACGACCCUGAACUAAGGCCGUUAAAAAUUCAACGGGAAAAGUAUCGUUUCAUAAUGGACCAUAAUCUUGAAGAACAACUGUUUUUUAUAUCAGGAGAUCUGCUAAGUCACAAUUUAGCAGUUUGUCUUACAAUUCUAUUUGUGGAACAAAAUAUCCACCAACUGAAAACAAUCGCCUUCGGAGAAACACCUUCCAUAGAGCCAAUAGUCGACAUUGCGUUACGAUUACUUAGUUAUAAGCUUAAAGAAUACGACGCUUGUGUUACGGGUUUACAAAAUAUGGCAGGCAUUACCACAUCUGGAAGCAUGGCAGUUAUGUAUUUAAAUGAAUGCAUAAAAUUUCUAAAUAAAAUCAAAGCGAAUCUUGAGCAACUCUAA